CUCUAUAUUGACCUUUCCAUUCUAGGAGAAGACUCCAAGAUCUUUUUCCAAUCUCCGGUGGUGAAACUGAGGCUCAUAAGGGGCAAAAGAGCAUAAAUCAAGCAAGGGACAAAGCUGGGACUUGAACCCAAGGCUGUGUGAUUCCAACACCUGGGAACCAUUAUUCACUAACCUUCCCCACCCCUUGAUUUUUGGUAGGGAGGAGGUCUCAAACUCCGGGCCUCAAGCAAUCCGCUAGCCUCGGCCUCCCAAUGUGCUGGGAUUACAGGCGUGAGCCAUCACGACGGGCUUCUCUAAAGCUUUCAAGGGAAGUCUUGGUGCUAGAGUAAUUAGAGAGUUUGAAUUUCAUAAUCAGCAGAUUGAACUUAUGGCUGCCAUGGUUCUGAGGAGGGCUGAGAGCCAGAGGCAGGCAUUUUAGUUUUGCGGUCCUGGCGGGGCCACGGUAGGAGAGCCCUAGGAAAGCCCAUCUCUUAAACCCAGCCUCUGCCCUUUGCUGAUGUGUGACCUUGGGGUUGCGGCGCCUCUAGGCUCCGGAAUCGCUGGCGGCCGGGACUGCGGGAUCUACAGCCGACAUGGCUCUCUUGGCUGGAUCGGUGUUGGGCCCCGCGUGUAGGUCGACAGCGUUGCUGGGUGGCAGGUGGCUUCAACCCCGGGCCUGGCUGGGAUGCCCGGACGCCUGGGGCCUCCCCACCCCGCAGCAGGCCCGGGGCAAGGCUCGCGGUAACGAAUAUCAGCCGAGCAAUAUCAAACGUAAGCACAAGCACGGCUGGAUCCGGCGCCUGAGGACGCCGGCCGGCGUCCAGGUCAUCCUUCGUCGAAUGCUCAAGGGCCGUAAGUCGCUGAGCCAUUGAGGAUCGCGAUGCUGCCGGCCGGACCCCCAUGAAAGCAUCGCCCUCGCCUUGGACCUUGCCUGGCGCUGUUUUUGCAGGGAGCUGGGGAGCAGGAACGCCUCGGACCUGAGUGUUCUUCGUAUUGUGGCGCUGAGGUCUGGUUGGGAACUUGCCAAAUCCCUUUUUAGGCUUUUGAAUUAGGAAGAAUGUCGAACCUGCGCACUGACCGCAGGACAGUACAACGAACCGCCGUGUACCCAGUACACAGCUCUGCCACCAACUACCUACAACCCAUCCCUGCCCCAUCCUAGGUUCUUUUCCAGUGUAUCUCAGGCAUCAGAUUAUUUCUUCUGUAAAUAUUUCAGAAUGGAUCUCUCCACGAUAAGUUUAUGAAAACGUAAUUACAAAGCUUAUUACAUCCAAAAGAAUUAUCAAUAAUUUUGAAAUAUUAAAUGUGUAAUAAAUGUUCAAAGUUUCA